CGGGCGGUCGGGCGGGCUCGCGGCCGUCUCCCCCUCCCGUCGGCAACCGCCCCAACCGCUCUUCCCGCCCUAGUUACGACUCAGUUGAGUGGGAGGGGCGCAGUCUCUUGAAGGCGCUUAUCAAGAAAUCUGCGCUGUGUGGAGAGCAAAUCCAUAUCCUGGGCUGUGAAGUGAGCGAGGAAGAGUUUCGUGAAGGUUUUGACUCCAGUAUCAACAGCCAGCUAGUUUACCAUGACGUCUUCAGAGACCCUCUCAACUGGUCAAACACUGGGGAAACCCUUCCUGGGGGUGCCCUGGGAGUCUUGAGAACAAUGUGCAAGAGGACAGGCUCUGGUCCUGUCACCAUUGCUCUUGAUUCACUUAGCUGGCUGCUGCUUCACCUUCCCUGCACCACACUUUGCCAAACCCUUCAUGCUCUGAGCCAUAAGGACUCCCGCCCUGAUGACAGCUGCCCAGUAGAACAUGUGCGUGUGCUGGGCCUGCUACAUGAAGAGCUUCAUGGCCCAGGCCCCGUGGAAGCAUUGAGCACCCUUGCUCAGACUGAGGUGACCCUGAGUGGUACAGGGGGCCAGGCCUCGGCUCACAUUCUCUAUCGGAGGCCCCAACAUCAUCCAACACAUAAGACUCAGUGGUUCUCCAUCCUGCCUGACUUCAGCCUGGAUCUCCAAGGGGGUUCUCCCCUAAAGUCGAAGCCUGAUCCAGAUCCUCACACACCCCCGGUGGAUCCCACAGCUCACUUGACCUUUAACCUUCACCUGUCCAGGAAAGAGAAGGAAGCCAAAGAUAGUCUGACCCUGCCCUUCCAAUUCAGCUCUGAAAAACAGCAGGCUCUACUAUGCCGUGGUCAAGGCCAGGCUACCAGCCACAUCUUCUAUGAGCCAGAUGCUUAUGAUGACCUGGACCAAGAGGACCCAGAUGAUGACCUAGAUAUUUGACUAGACUGAAAUUGGAGGGGGGUGGGAGACCUUGGGCCUGUUCCCAUCCUUCCAUUGUUCGAGUUGGCCUUGCCUUGUCCCUGCCCCGUAUCUGUUUCCUCUGUUUCUGGGGGCCCUACCCUAUGAUCCAUGAGCUAGGGAGCAGUGUCCAGUCCUGACAAAAAGUGGGAUGCUGGCAGAGGGGAAGGUAAGAGACUAGGAAAUCCGUCUUCUCUCCCCCAAGCCUAAUAAAAAAAAAUUUUUAUUAAAAAA